AUGGUAUACUCUCCUGUGUGUACUGGAAGAACACUGAAUGGGUUGAAGAUGGGUGUUUCCUUCUCCAGACCAACAGCAGCCACUCUGUGUGCUCCUGUGUUCACCUGUCAACCUUCGCUCUCAUCAUGCAGACUGACCCACUUGUAAAUGACAAUAGCGAUCCUGUGAUAGAUGUUAUUGGCAUCUUGGCUAUGGCUGUAGGGCUGGUGUUCCUGAGCUUGGCCCUGUUGACCUUUGUCCUUUGUCGUCGAAAUCCAAGAGUGACCAACACAGCUCGGAUCAAUCUCUGUAUAAGCCUGCUGCUGGCCCACCUUCUCUUUCUGCUCACACAGAAGUUCCUGCAUAACAUACAACCUCAGCAGCUGCUGUGUGCAGUGCUGGCAGGCAUUCUGCACUUCUUCUUUCUCUCUGCUUUUGUGUGGAUGUUCAUUGACGCUGCUCUACUCUUCAUCUCCAUGAAGAACCUAACAAAGAUCCGAUCAAACGAAAAGGCGGGUCUUCUGUGGAAAUUGCUGGUUGUGAUUGGAUACGCUGUACCUCUGUUUGUGGUGGGUGUAUCUGCUGGAGUGUUUCCUAAUGGAUAUGGCAGUGAAAGGUGCUGGCUUAAGACAGGCUUUUUGUGGAGCUUUCUGGGGCCUGUUAGUUUCAUUCUUGCAGCAAACACGAUUCUCUUCAUUUGCAUCUUGAUCAUCAUAAUCUCAACGCUGACAAACAUGAAAAGUAAAUCUCUGAAAAUCAAACGACCUGAAAGUGAACAUCGUUUCAUUAUAAGUGUGGCUCUGAAAACCAUGAGCCAGUUUAUCAUCCUUGGUUGCUCCUGGUUUCUGGGAUACUUCGCACAGAGCAAUAAGGCGUUGGAGAUUAUCUUCCUGUUCCUCAACUCCCAGCAGGGCACCUUUAUCUUCCUGGUCUACUGUGUCCUCAGCCAAGAGGUGAGGCAGUUGUAUAUGAAGUGGUGGCGAGCUCUGCAUGCUGGCCGUAUUCCACAUACUACUGAAGAUCUGCAUACCACAACAUCGAGAUUCUAGAUUUUAACUUUUAUUGAGCAUCAUAUGGUGUUUAUUCAGGGUUAAUGAUUUGAAGAUUUGUAUAUUUUCUUAUAUAUUCUUGUCUUAGAGUUUUAGUUUUAGGUGUGAGGGUGUGUUCUGUGGUGAAUUACAUUUGGAAUAGAGAAAGUAAAAAUAUUUCAGCAAAGAUAACCUGUUUCAUUUUAAAAUGAUCAUUUAUAAAGAUGUUGUUAACAUUCUAGCUUCAACAAUUUAUUCUGAGAAUAGAAACAUGACUGUAGCCUAAAUGUCGACUCUUCUUCAUCAUUAUUUUUACUUUUUGUAGGGUAGACUCCUGUGUUUCAUUGAGAAUACUUUUCUUCCUGUCUCUGAAAAAACAAUCUCUGCUGUUGUGUUUUUUCACACGCUUCUUCACAAAUAGUGAUGUAGUGUAAUUAAUUUUUAAAUAUAUAUAACACUUAAUAGGUACCGUACAUAUUUACCGCAGACUGCACAUAAAGAAAAGUUUUUUUUGUUUUUUUUUUUCAUGAAAAAGCUUUCUUCUGAGCAGUGCCAUCGAAGAACUACUUAUGGAAAACAUUUGAAACUUAA